GCCUGGGAGAGAGAGAUCAGGUUACAGAAAGGAACCGAGAGAGACAGAGAGAAAGGGGCUUGGCCAGUGCGAGGGGAGGUGGGCGGAGGGUCCCUUUCUCUCUCUCCCUCUGUCUGUUUCUCUCCCUCUGCCUUUCCCCCCCUCCUCUCUCUCUCUCUCCCAAGCUCUUUGUUCCCCCCCCAACUCCCCUCCUCUCUCUCACACUCCCCCCCCCCGCCACCACCACACACACACACACCCUCCCCAACCCACCACCACCCAACCCCCCUCUCAAGUCUUUGUUAGCCAUGCCUAGCCUGGUAGUAUCAGGGAUAAUGGAAAGGAACGGGGGUUUCGGCGAGCUAGGCUGCUUCGCGGGGAGCGGCAAGGACAGGGCGCUGCUGGAGGAUGACCGAGCUUUGCAGCUCGCCCUGGAUCAGCUCUGCCUGCUCGGGCUGGGGGACCCGUCCUCCUCCUCCUCCUCCUCCGCCGUGGUGGUGGUGGGAGCGGAGGACAGCAACAACAACAACAAUAACCCGCCGCCGCCGCCGCCCCAGCAGCAGCCGCCCCAGCCUCAGCCGCCGCCGCAGCAGCAGCCGCCGCCCCCGCCGGCCCCGAAAGGCUCCGCGACCAUUUCGUCCUCCGCUUCCACCGCCGGGGCGGCCGAGACCAAGUUGUGCGCCUUGUACAAGGAGGCCGAGCUGCGGCUCAAGAGCAGCUCCAACACCACGGAGUGCGUCCCCGUGCCCAGCUCGGAGCACGUGGCGGAGAUAGUGGGCAGGCAAGGCUGCAAGAUCAAAGCUCUGAGGGCAAAGACCAACACCUACAUCAAGACCCCGGUGCGCGGCGAGGAGCCAGUCUUCAUGGUGACAGGGCGGCGGGAGGACGUUGCCAUGGCUAGGCGGGAGAUCAUCUCGGCAGCUGAGCACUUCUCCAUGAUCCGGGCCUCCCGCAACAAGGCCGGCACCACCUUUGGCAGCGCCCCUACCCUGCCCGGCCAAGUCACCAUCCGGGUCCGUGUACCCUAUCGUGUGGUGGGCUUGGUAGUGGGUCCCAAAGGGGCCACCAUCAAGAGGAUCCAGCAGCAAACCAAUACCUACAUUAUCACACCCAGCCGGGACCGGGACCCCGUCUUCGAGAUCACAGGAGCACCCGGCAAUGUGGAGCGGGCCCGGGAGGAGAUUGAGACCCACAUCGCGGUGAGGACAGGCAAGAUCCUGGAAUAUAACAAUGAGAAUGACUUCCUGUCCAGCAGCCCUGACUCGGGCAUGGAGAACCGCUACUCAGAGGCGUGGCGGGUCCACACGCCUGCCCCAGGCUGCAAGCCCCUCUCCACCUUCCGACAGAACAGCCUUGGGUGCAUCGGUGACUGCUCUGUGGACCCGGUCUACGAGACACCCCGACUGAACGACCAAAAUGACUUCAAUUAUGGUUACCUCUUUCCUAACUAUGGUGUGAACAAACAAGAUCUCUAUUAUGGGGUGCCAGAAUCUGGUGCCCCCAUGUGGGCCGGGCAGGAAAACACCAACCCCGUCUCAGUGCUCUUCUCUAAGCAGCAACGAUCCGGCAGCACUGGCGCCGUCCAUCCUAACUCGCAUCGCUCCCCAUCCUCUUCUAUCCAAGAGCCUAACCUCUCUGGGCUCCCCAGAAGGUCUCCAGGGGAACCACUGCAAGGAUUUUCCAAGCUGGGAGCCAACACCACUGCCCGGACAUCCAUCUCCAGCAGCCGGGAGUGCAUGGUGUGUUUUGAAAGCGAAGUGACGGCAGCCCUGGUGCCAUGCGGCCAUAACCUCUUCUGCAUGGAGUGCGCUGUGCGGAUCUGCGAGAGGACCGACCCUGAGUGCCCGGUUUGCCAUGCUGCAGCCACUCAGGCUAUUAGAAUAUUUUCUUAAAGAGACAG